AUGCUUCUUGCUGACACAUCUCGAAAUGCGGCGAUUAUGUCAUCUAACCUUCUCCUUCGCAUUGGCGGACCCCGGCUGCAGGAUUGCACACAGCAUGGCCCCGCCGAGCAGACGAGCUCCGCCCAGGAAGCCUACCCCUCGCAAGGCUCUCACAGCCACUUUAUCGAAAAAGGAUGCCAAGUCAAAUACGAGCAUUUUAACCUUCUUCAAAAGGUAGAAACUGAAAAUACUCUGUUUUAUGGCACCGAUACGACCGGGUUUCCUGAUACCGAUGAACCGUCUGGUAUCAAUGAUGACAAUUUUGCGGAGGAUGAAUCAAAAGCCGAACCUGAGUCUCCUACAAAGCCCGCGAAGCGAAGGAAACUCAGUAAUGUCGAAUAUUCGGAUGCCCCCACCGAAGAUGACGACGAACCAGCUCUGCCGCCGAAACGAACAUCACCUCCCCUCCGUAGUCCAAAACUAGAGGAUAGAUUGGUUCCUGACGCGGACGCUGCUUUGGGGAGAGACGCUGAAGCAGAUGAGAAGCCAAUCCUCCCAGGGCUAUUUAAGGAGCUGGGAGUUGCAAGGGAGCUUGAUAACCUGGAAGAUGUGGGAGAUGAGUUUCUUGGGGAAGAAUAUAGAGAGAUGAUGUUCUCCCGUGAGCAAGAACGACUUGAGGCCGAGGAAGCAGGCCUAGAAGCCCUAGAUGAUUUUCUUCCCACUGGUCACCCUGACGACUCGAUGAUAGAGGCAUGUCCCAUUUGUAACGGCAGUCUUAUCGGCGCGUCACCCGAGGAAUCAACUCGCCAUGUCAACUCUUGCCUCGAUGGCAAUCCAACCCCUCUACCCAACCAGGACGAGCUAUGCGCCCAACCAGAGCCCGAGCAACCAACCCUGCAGGGUCCUCACGAUUCGGGGAGUAGAUCCUUGAAAGCGGCAAUUCCUCGGCCGGGCCAGCGAAACCCAUUUUCUCUCGCCGUGGAGUCGGAAAAGUCAACUGCUUUCUCGAAACUCAUGUCGGGCAAUGCGGAGAAUUCAGCAUGGGCUGCGGCGGCUGCAGAACACGUCGCCUCCAGAGGGAAGCAAGCCUAUCAGCGAACCUGUCCGUUCUAUAAAAUUAUGCCUGGAUUUUCCAUCUGUGUCGAUGCAUUCCGGUAUGGCGCCGUGAAAGAUUGCAACGCCUACUUCUUGAGCCACUUUCAUAGUGAUCACUACGUCGGGCUCACGGGAAGCUGGAGGCAUGGGCCGAUCUACUGCAGCCGGGUUACUGGCCGCCUGGUCAAGCAGCGGCUAAAAGUUGACGAGAAGUGGGUUGUAGAGUUGGAGUUUGACGAGGUGUUCGAGAUCCCGGGAACCGAUGGUGCGACAGUGGUGAUGAUACCAGCGAACCAUUGCCCUGGCAGCUCCAUGUUCCUGUUUGAGAAGAAGAUGCCAAACGGCCGAAGCGGCGGUCGAAUCCAACGGAUAUUGCACUGCGGCGAUUUCCGGGCCUGCCCGGCCCACGUGAAUCACGACCGCUUAAAACCAGACAUACUGGAUUACGUCUCAGGGAAAAUAAAACAACAACGCAUCGAUAUUUGUUAUCUGGAUACAACCUAUCUCAGCCCGCGCUAUUCUUUCCCGCCACAGGGCGACGUCAUCUCAGCUUGCGCUGACAUCUGUUCCUCGCUGAAUAUGGCUGCCGAUGAUUCGGAUGAGGCCUGGGGCAAACUAGCUAGGGAAGCAGGUGCGACUACAGUAAGCCGCUUCUUCAGUGACAGCUCCAAGAAAGUGGGCGGUGAUGCCGUGCAGGAAUACAAGCCGCAUCGGGUUCGUCUUCUCGUUGUCUGCGGGACGUAUUCAAUCGGCAAGGAACGUAUAUGUGUGGCUAUCGCAAAGGCGCUAAACUCAAAGAUUUAUGCUUCUGCCUCCAAGAUACAAAUGUUCAAGCUUCUUGACGACCCCGAGUUGUCUUCUCUUUUAACGUCAAACCCCCUCGAGGCGCAAGUCCACAUGCAGAUGCUGAUGGAAAUUCGUGCCGAGACUUUGCAAGAGUACUUGAACGGCUACAAACCCCACUUUGACCGCAUCGUAGGCUUCAGGCCUAGCGGCUGGAACUACCGACCGGUGGGCGCAUCAAAGCUCAUCUCGAGCAACACACAGCCUGGCGCGGUUGCGACGACACAAGUGCUCCACAGCAAAGCCUGGCGGAGCAGGUUCAGCGCCAACAACCUCGAGAAACAGAGAGGUAGCACGAAAGAGUCUAUGUGUUUUGGUGUGCCGUAUUCCGAGCACAGCAGCUUCCGCGAGCUCGCCAUGUUUUUGAUGUCGCUGCGCAUUGAGCGGGUGAUACCUACGGUGAAUGUGGGAAGUGAGACCUCCAGGCGCAAAAUGAAGGGAUGGAUUGAUAAGUGGCUCUCUGACAGGGCCAAGGGUGGUUUGGUGAAGCCGCGAAUCGAAGAUUCCGGGUCAGACUCCGGCUCUAUCGAAGAAUGGGACGGGAAGGGCACUAGGCGAGAGGUCUACUGGUGA